UGUCGGUCUUUUCCAGGACCUGCUGAAAUUAUCUUCUCUUCUGCGAUAUACAAACAGUGUGUGCGAUAUAUUGACUUCGCCCAAAGCCAAUACCUCUCCCCUAGUACGACAGACCGAGGACAUGGAAUGUGCCGAUCAGCCUCGAGGAAAUGGCAACAAUCUCACACGUAGAAGACGGAAAAGUCGAAAUCUCGACGGCCAGGCUCCUUCUGCGAGGUGCAAGAGCAACCACCGCUGACGAAGCAGCCCUGUACGAGGCAUUUUCGGAUCCCGAGGUGAUGAAGUACAUGGGCUCGAUACCACACACCUGCCUUACUUCCACAGCAAGAUGGCUUUCAACCAUGCUCGGCUCUCCGCAUAACGGCGUCACGGACUUCAUCAUCACACUCACGACCCCGGCUGCAGGUUGUCCUGUGGCCGUCGGCAAGAUCGGCGUUUGGAAAGACCAGGAGAUCGGAUUCUUCCUGGCUCGCAAAUACUGGGGUAGAGGCAUCGCGCAAGAAGCACUUAAUGCCGUGAUCCCGUACUUCUUCGGCGAGGUAGAAAUGAGCGAGAUCACGGCAGAUGUAGAUCCAGACAACGAGUCGUGCAUUGGGUUAUUGAAAAAGGCCGGGUUUGUGGUGAAAGGAUUCGAGGAGAGAACAUACAAGGUGGGGGAGAAGUGGUGUGACAGUCUGUACAUGAUGUUAGAGAAGAAGGCAUGGCAAGAAAAAGGCUGAUCCAGUAGCCCUCGUCGAUUAUGCCGUCGACAAUCCAAUUACGCAUGGAUGGCUCUCUGCACCAUUUCUUCAACAGAGAGGGGAAUGUCUUGGAUCUGAUCUCCGUGCGUCUUGAGGCUGAAGCAGAACAUUGGGAUCCGUCAAACCUCAGGCAGUGUUUGCAAUAUCUUUGCUUGCUCUAAGUUCUGCCAGUCCGACCUAAGAAUGAUGAGUGUGACGAUGCCAUAAAAUCAUUCUUUUUUCAAUCCGCCGGAUUCUGACGAGUGUUUUUAAGGGUGGUCGGUGGAGACGAUGCCCGGCACUGACCGUGGGACAAAUAUGCUCUCAAAGUUGU